CAACUGCUGGAACAUAAUGUGCACAGCCGCCCCAUGUACAUGGAAUUAUAAAGGAAUCAAGUGUCCCGUCAGUAGCCUUGUCAUCGAGCAUUCAAAAUAUGCCACCUUGACGGUCGCAGUUAACUCGGCGUUCUUCACUAUCUUCCAUUUCGAGCAAUAAAGCCGCGAAGUACGAUCUUCCAAGCCCAUAAUGUCUCAACCCGUCGACUCGCAAGGCUAGGACCGGUUCAAGAAUAUCAUCCGUGGGGUCUAUAUGAUCAAGGGACAUAAACUCGAAGGGCCUGGGGGUGUAAUCAAAAUCAUGGAAACCCAGCACGAAUUCAAAAAAUCGAAGGCACAAUACGAGAAACAGCUCAAAGACUGGGGCUUUAAGAAGAACCGUACGAAAAGAGAUUGGGAAAUUAUGAACCGCAAGAUUCAGCUUCGGAAGAGGGCUGGGAAAGAGAGUGGCGUCUAUCUUGACGGGCAAUUGAUGCCCCUAGAGAAACUUCGGAAGGAAACUGCUCGACAAGGAUAUAUGACAGCCAUUGAACAAGCCAGAGUUGCUUUUGAAGCACCUCCUCAAACGCCCCCUGGAUUCGACAUACGGACACCACUAGCGCAACCAUUUUUUCGAUUGGCGUUUGAAAACCUUGCUAUUUUUCAAUUCCAGAAAUUUGCGCGGCCCAUAUAUGCGGGAGCAAUUGCGCCUUUUUCUGCGUCGAUGUCGCCCUUCACGAUGAUGUUCCAAUCACCUCGUCGGAAAACCGACAGUGGCAUCCUUCCUAUUCUGGACUCCCUCCUUCCUUUGUCGGCUUUUCUUGAAGAACCACGCGCUGCUGGAUUUGCAAUACAACGAGCUGAAGAUAUAAGCCACGACAAGUUAUUAAACCUGGCAACAUUUAUAGCUUCUAACAAUUUUCCGGGAGUCACCAAUGGUGGAAAGCUUCGAGAGUGGCUCAUCAAAACUCAUAGCACCACAUCGGUUCUUGAAGCGCUCUCGUCCAUGAAGGGACCAACUGCAGAGGCCCUACUUGAAAAUCUCUUUCGUUUUGCGAUUGAGGAUGAAGAUAUAUCAACUAUCAAAUAUUUGCUUCAAGCGGGAGUAAAUCCGAAUGGACACAAAUGCCAAGACGAUUACGAUGACUUCACUCCAUUGCAGUUUGCUAUUAUCCGAGGAAACAAUGAAAUGGCCCUUGAGUUGAUUAAGGCCGGAUCAACUAUUGAUGAGCCGAAUACUGGAUGGAAAAGCAGUGCAUUAGUGUUUGCCAUUAUUGGAGACGAGAUUCGCAACAACGGAUAUUCGAGUAGCGAUGAUGAUAGAAUUGAAGAAUGUGAAGACGGUGACAAUAAAGAAUACGAUGCUGAAGAUAGCCAAUAUAGUGUCGACAACCAAGCAGCCACUCACAAACCAUCAGACGACCGCCUCUUCAACCUCGGUAGCUCUUUACUUCGUGCAGGAGCAGCCAUUAAUAUUUCCAUAGAGUUUGUCAAGGCACCUUUUGAGGAAGAUUUCGAAUAUGACACACCUCUUAGUGCAGCAUCUAGACACCGGAAAAAAGAUAUCGUUGAUCUCCUUAUUCAAAACGGUGCCGACGCGGUGCCCCCAACAGAUAAAUGGGGCCCCUUCCUACUGCACGAUUGCAUUUACAGCCGGGACCGAAUGAAAAAAUAUUUGCUGUCUAGCACCAUACGGCCACUUGAGUAUCAAUUCCGUGUGUCUCGAGACACCAAAGGUCAAGAUGCCGUAGUAGGUGUGCUCAGCAGCCUUAUAAAGGCAGGGGCAAAUGUACACGAAGAGUUUAACGCCGAGUCUAUGUAUGGAUUACCCCCCGGUUACUCUGGGCCCGAGUCCUACACAAUUUUUGACUUGGGUGUUCUCUCUGGGUCUAUAGAAGUUGUUAACAUAUUAAUAUCUGCUGGAGCACAGAUAACAUUGCUGUCAGUUGAAUAUGGCAUUCAAUUUCAGAGCCUCCACGUUCUUAACCACCUCAUACUCGCUGGUGCUUCAGUGCCGACAAUAGCGACAUUACCUGCAACCGACCACCAAGCUCAUCUCAUGGAGACAUAUAAUAUAUGGAUAAAAGAGGUAGCACUACUUAAAGCUAUACACUUAGGGCAUGUCUCUACAAUAGAGUACUUGUUCAACGACGGGACCUUUAGCUUUGAUGGCAUUCUUCUCUAUAAAUCUACUGAGCUAACAAAAGCUAUUGAAAGCUGUUGUUCAGGAGGGCAUGUUAGGGCCCUCCGCUUUAUAUUGCAGCACAGCCUAGUCCCAUUGUCUCCUUGGUUUGGCGACUCACUUUAUCUGGCAAUCUCGAAAAGACAGGACGAAGUUAUUGACACCCUUUUAUCUGCAUUUGCUAACGUCAAUACGAUGGGACCCGAAGGCCAGACCCCAUUAUUUGCUGCAAUCAUGACGAGAAACAAAAAGAUACUUGAGCGCUUGAUGGGCAUGGGCGCAAAAUUAAAUCCAAGGGUACCAUCUGCCACAUCUUGCUCUGGAGUUCACGAUUUAUCCGGAAAUGCACUGAUAGCUGCAAUUAGACAGGGUGACAGUGAUGUGGUCAAGUAUCUUCUUGAUUGGGGCGCUGAUACAGAGGCCUUUGGCGUCGACCAUCUUCAUGACAGCGUACACAGGAUAGAGAGAGAGACUUAUGGGAUUACUGGUCUUUUUCUGUUGCACCACCCUUGUUAUUGCAUCAGACCCAUAACUGCCGCUCUUGUAGCCAACAAUUCGGAUUUAGUGUACGAUCUCAUUCGAAGAGGCGUCAAAAUCAAUAAUCCACUUGAUGGUUACUCCCCAAACACUAGGUCAAGAAUGACACCACUUGCUGCUGCAAUUCUAAUUCGAGAUCCUGAAAUGGUCAAUUUAAUUAUUCGCGAAGGGGCAAACCUCGACGAUCCCAUGGCUAUAAAGGUAGCUAUCAAAGACCAGGAGCUACAUUGGGCCAGGACUAUACUCUUUAGCCAUCUAAGGGAUACCAAAUCGGAGUCCAUGCUAUCAUUUGCGCUGGCUCAAACCCUGAAGCUUCAUUCCAGUGCCAGUUUCGACAUUGUACGCAUGCUUCUAAACUUCGGUGCAGACCCGAAUACGUUACUAGACUAUGGUGUGGACUUGAAGAGGCGUCUGUAUACCGAUUUUUGGGCGAAGGAAUCUGCUAUUGACAGGGCGGCCGAGAUGAACAAUGGACUACAGCUAUUAAAAAUCCUUUUGGAAGCAGGUGCCAAGGCAGACACAGAUGUACUGUUUGGUGCGCAAUAUUCACCAGUUCAAUCUGCUGUCAAGAGGAACGACAAGGCGGCUGCACGGGUUCUCCUUGAUUACGGAUCGAAUCCAAAUUCCGUGUCAAUCGGUGGAAAAUACAAAUCUGACGACUAUAGGAUGCCACUUCAGAUUGCAGUUCAUAAUGGAGAUGUGGAAAUGAUCAGAAUCCUUCUUCGAUACAAGGCCAAUGCCAAUGGAACCUUUAUUGAUGACGAAGAGACGAAUAGCGACAUAUGUGUCGAAUACCAUAUACCUCGCACGCCUCUGCAGGAGGCGAGUCUGGACGGGAGCAAAGAGAUUAUCGACUUACUGCUAGAGCACGGGGCAGAUGUGAACUCUCCGCCCACUACUGGAAGUGGUGCAACCGCGCUGCAAUACGCUGCCAUGCAAGGAUUUCUCGGAAUCGCUCAUCUUCUGUUAGAACAUGAAGCAGAUGUUAAUGCCGCAGCUGCGGAGACUGAUGGGAGGACGGCACUGGAAGGGGCAGCAGAGCAUGGGAGGCUAGAUAUGGUUCAACUUCUGCUUAAUGCCGGAGCAAACGUAUUUGGUGACGGACAGGCGCAGUAUGAAAAUGCUAUAAGGAGGGCAUCUGGAAAUGGCCAUCAUGCGAUUCGACGGAUGCUUGAAAAAGGGCAUAGUGAUAGGGAAUAGGGGUGAAUGGACUAUAUGGAGUUGCACUUGGAUCGAUUGUUUGGGAGAAAU